AUGGCGGCAGCGGCUUCACCUCGCCGGGCCUUUCCCCCCUCCCUCUCCCCCCGGGCAGGGGCCGGACGGGCCGCGCCGCCAUAUUGGCUGUUGUCCUGGCUGCGGCGGCGGCGGGCCGCGCUCGCCAUGACUCGCAGGCGGAACAAGGCAACAGCGGCGGGUGGCUCCGGGCCUCGCCGUGAGAGGGUGGGGGGUUCCGACGCUGGUCCUCCUCCCCCUCCUCCGCCACCGCCGCCGCCACCGGAACCGCCCGCCCCGCCUGAGGUGGUAGUGGCGGCGGGCAGCAGCGGGGAGCCGGGCAGAGCCACCGCUCAGGUGCUGCCCACCGCCAACCAGUCAGUACAGACGUGCUGCCUGCUCUGUCACCGGGAGCGCAAGGACUGGGGAGGGCCGUCCCACAAUGGGCUGGUUUCCCCGGGCGAGAGGCUGCCACCGGACUUCGUGCCAACGCUUGUGCAGAACCUCUUGGGAGAAAUGCCACUGUGGAUCUGCCAGAGCUGCCGGAAGAGCGUGGAGGAGGAAGAGCGGCGGGCGGUGCAGGAGCAGGCCCUGGCGGUCUCGUUAUCGCACACAUCCUGCAAGUCGCAGUCUUGUGGGGGUGGCUCCCACUCCUCUUCCUCCUCCUCCUCCUCCUCUUCUUCCUCGUGCCACGGGAACUCAGGGGACUGGGACCCCAGCUCUUUCUUGUCUGCUCACAAGCUCUCGGGCCUCUGGAACUCGCAGCACACCAACGGGGCCGCACAGGGCAGCCCCCUCGGGGCCCCCCCUGCUGCACUAGGUGACAAGCACCCCGGCCUCGCUCUCUCUCCGGAGUGUGCCAGCCAGGUGCCUGCCAUGGCGCCGGGGCUCAAGGCCUGUCCCUACAGCCACGCAGCCUCCCCCACCUCCAGCAGCGCCGCCCCGGGCUCACCUCUGCCUACCUCACUCGACUUCUGCAAGACGCUGCCGAAGCAGUUCAAAAGCAUGUGCCGGAGGGCCACCCCGCCAGGUGAGGCCUUCCACUCCUCAGAGCAUCAUCAGCACUCGGACCUCACUGCUCCUCCCAACAGUCCCACGGGCCUCCCCUCCCAGCCCCCAGCGCUGAUCCCCUCCAAGCAGACGCCUGCCCAUCCGGGGCCCUUCGGCUCCCCGCCCCACAUCCCGCUGGGCACCUCCCCGCAGGCUGCACUCUUCCCUGCGCCCAGCACGCAGGUGGCAGCCCCGAAGCCGGUGUCCGAGUCCCCUCCCACUGGCGCGGUCUCGCACAGCCCGGGGUCGUGUAAGAGCCCUCACCUGCCCCCUGCCAAUGUGCCGCUGCUGAAGAUGCCGCCUCCACUCUCGGGCUGCACUCACCCCUGCAACGGGCACUGCAGUACUUCGCUCAUCCCUCCUCCCGCCUCCCACCAGCUGCCCAGCACGAACAGGGACCCCUCUUGCAAAGGGCACAAAUUCCCAAACGGUACCAGCUGCCACCCGCCGCAGCCAUGCGAGGCAGACGAGGGGCUCGGGGAGGACGAGGACAGCAGCUCGGAGCGCAGUUCCUGCACCUCCUCCUCCACCAACCAGAAAGACGGGAAGUUCUGCGACUGCUGCUACUGUGAGUUCUUCGGCCACAACGCGCCCCCAGCUGCUCCCACGAGCCGCAACUACGCUGAGAUCCGGGAGAAGCUGCGUUCACGCCUCACCAAGAGGAAAGAGGAGCUGCCGCAGAAACUAGGGCACAAUAGCAGCUCAGGAGAGCCUGCUGUGGACCACCGCAAUGUGGACGAGCUGCUGGACUACAUCAACAGCACAGAGCCCAAGCCCUUGAACAGUGCCAAGGCAGCCAAGCGGGCGCGACACAAGCAGAAGAAGAAGGAGAAGGAGAAAGCCCAGCUGGAGGCGGAGGCCCAGAAGCGGGCAGAGCGCACCCCUGCAGCCAGCCAGGCCAGGGAGCCGGCCGAGGAGAAGCUGCUGGAGUGGCCGGAGCUGGAGCUGGAGCGGGUGAACAGCUUCCUCAGCAGCCGGCUGCAGGAGAUCAAGAACACCAUCAAGGACUCCAUCCGGGCCAGCUUCAGCGUCUAUGACCUCAACCUGGAUGUCAAUGACUUCCCCAAGAAGGCAGCUGUCCUGGAGCAGAAGAACCUGCUCUCCCACCUCAACGGCUCCUCCGACCUGCAGGACAUAGACCUGGCCCUGGCCCCGCUCAGCCUGGGCCCCGCCAAGAACCAUGCACUGCUGCGGAGUGAGCUGGGCCCCCGAUGGGGCGAGGGGCCCGGGGAGCCGCCGCCAGCCCCGGCGGCCGAGAACGGCGUGGUGAAGCGCCUCAGCGCCGUGCCCAGCCUCUCCCGCAUGAUCUGGGUGCAGUCCAAGGCUGCGGACUCUGCCGUGGACGGCAGCGGGCUGAGCCCGGAGCCCAAGGAGGGACCGCAGGCCAAGGGGCCGGAGCCACCGGAGCCGGUGCCCGUGGGGAGCCGGCAACGGAAGAACAAGCGGCAGAGCGGGCAGGCGAAGAAAGGGGAGGGCGCUGCCGCGGGGCCCGGUGGCCAGGCCCGGCUGGAGAGCCCUGGUGCGAAGGGGCAGGUGCUGGGAACCAAGCACCCUUCCAAGGCCGGCGCCCCGGAGCCGCAGCGGGCGGCCGGCUGUGCCGAGCCGGGGGAGAGCGGGAAGGGGCAGCCCUGGGGCUGCGGCGGUGGCGGCAGGCCGGAGAAGGAGAGAAUCGGCGAGUGGAAAGGCCGGAGGGGAGAGGGCAAAGCGGAGCUGCCGGAGCCGCCGCAGCAGCAGCCGCCUGCCCUGGCUGCAGGGGACCGGCAGCUGCCUGCCCCCCCUGCCCUGGGGGGCUUCCCCCAGCCCAAGGGCAAGAGCAGGAAGAGCCGGAACAAGGUGGAGAAAUCCAAUACCUCGAUCGAUGACGUGUUCCUGCCCAAGGACCUGGACGGGGCAGAGAUGGACGAGACUGACAGAGAAGUGGAGUAUUUCAAGAGGUUCUGCCUGGACUCGGCCAAGCAGACGCGGCAGAAGGUGGCGGUGAACUGGACCAACUUCACCCUGAAGAAAACCACUUCCAGCGCAGCCCAGUGAGAGGCAGCGGGAGGAGGCGGCGGAGACGUCCGACCUGUCCGGGGAGGAAGAUGACGACUAUGUGCCCUACGUGCCCGUCAAGC